CACAAAAUCAUCACUUAGCCUCACAACCGCUCCCAUUAUAAACCAAAUAAUCCCUUUGCUUCAGACAAAAAUUUCUGUAUUUGAUUCUGAAAGUUUAGAUUAAAACAUGUCUCCUCUUGUGCUUAGCUUCAUCAUUUGCAUGUUCAUUAAUCCGUUGCAAGGAAUGCAAAUGCCUUACAUGACCUCUGAUCCAAAAGAAGUCUCCGGCAAGUCAUUCGAUUACAUCGUUGUUGGAGGUGGAACUGCUGGAUGUUCCUUGGCCGCAACUCUGUCAGAAAAAUUCUCUGUUCUUGUCAUUGAACGCGGUGGCUCUCCUUAUGGAGAUCCAUUAGUAGAAGAAAGAAAGUACUUUGGAUACUCACUGCUGAAAACAGACGAGUACUCAUCUGUUGCGCAGAGUUUCAUCUCGAGAGAUGGAGUCGAGAACUACAGAGGACGCGUUCUCGGUGGAUCUUCUGCUAUAAACGGCGGAUUCUACAGCCGAGCUAGCGAAGAGUUUGUGAAGAAAGCUGGUUGGGACAAAGAUCUGGUUCAAGAUUCUUACAAAUGGGUUGAGUCUAAAGUUGUUUUCAUGCCGGAGUUGUCUCAAUGGCAAUCCGUUGUGCAAUUCGGUUUUCUUGAAGCUGGCUUUUAUCCUUAUAAUGGAUAUAACUUGGAACACACGCAAGGGACGAAGAUUGGUGGAAGCAUAUAUGAUCAGCGUGGGAAAAGGCAUACCUCUGCAGAUCUUCUGGAGUUUGGGAGACCAGACCACAUCACUGUUCUUCUGUACGCGACAGUGAAGAGUGUGAUCUUUGAUGGAAAUAAGACACGUGCUGUUGGAGUUAGGUUCAUGAAGAGUGAUGGGAGCUCAAGUAAGAGCUAUAAAAUUCAUGUUGAGAAGCAUAGAGGCGAGGUUAUACUAACUGCUGGAGCUUUAGGUAGUCCGCAGAUUCUCCUCUUAAGCGGAAUAGGACCUGAGGAUCAUCUAAAUGAUCUCAACAUCCCUGUAGUCGUCAACCUCAGAGACGUGGGGAGAAGAAUGUCGGAUAAUCCAGCUAUAUCUCUUCUUGUUGACAGAUUCUCGCAGAACCGCACACUAGAGCCACCGCAAGUGGCAGCUAUAGCAGAAGGAUACAAGUACAUACUCGAAUCCGAGGUUCUCCCAACUAACAUCACCACAACAAGGAUCUCCAUAGCAGCAAAAAUCGCGUUCCCUAAGUCCAGAGGAAGGCUGAAGCUCAACAGCAUUAACCCUAGAGAGAAUCCUUCAGUGAAAUUCAAUUACUUGGGGAGCAAGGAAGACCUCGACGCCUGCCUAGAGAUGGUCCUCCUUCUUCAACACGUUGCUAGGUCAGAGACGGUCACGUUCUACCUAGGGUUACAGAAUCGGGAGAAGCUUUUGGCUGGUGAUGAAGAGCUUAAGAGCUUUUGUAAAGAUAAUGUGAGAACUUAUUAUCAUUACCAUGGAGGUUGCGUUGUGGGAUCUGUUGUGGAUGAGGAUUAUAGAGUUAGUGGUGUUAAGAGGUUGAGAGUUGUUGAUGGCUCAACGUUUGAAGAGUCGCCAGGAACAAACCCUAUGGCUACGGUUCUGAUGUUAGGAAGAUAUCAAGGAAUCAGAAUACUUAAAGAACGAGAAGUAGAGAAAGAAGGAGAUGAGAGUUUUCUUAGUCCCCAAGGAAGCCCACAACCACAACCCUAGACACUCUUACCCUAUU